AUGGACAUUACACCAGCAUUCAACGACCUCCUGCGGAAGCGCAAUGCGCCCACCGUCACCGAAAAGAAGCUCAGUCUCGAAGCAAUUGACGGCUUCCUCAAGGAGGCUUACAGAAUAAACUCCCACAUUACAAACCUCCACAACGAACUCAAAGAUGUCCGACAAGCCUACCUUUCAACAGCGCAACCGCGCAAAACACACAUCCACGCCGCCGCCGCCACCCAACAACGUCACCUAACAGACCGCGACCGCGAAGAAGUGGAUGCAAACGCAAAGCAAAUGCUCCGCGAGCUCAACGCGAGCAUCACAGCCCUCAACGAAGCAGAGCUCCUCCGCCGCGAAACCGAAACGGCCGUCAUCCGCAAAAAGUACGCCAGCAGGCUCGGUGCCCUCGGCGCCUGGGCUGCAGCGAGUGACAAUGACAGCGGCAGCAGUAAGGGCAAGACGGCAGAGCACGCGGCGGCCGAGGCCCGUGCCAGGACGAUUGAGCAGCACCGCGACGAGGUGAUUCAGAGUCUGAGGUUGGGACUGCAGCGGUGCGGGAGGACGCAGCAGGAUAUGAUGGAGGUGAGGCUCACGAGGGAGAUGGAGAAGAAUAGGAGUGUUUUGGCGAAGGCGGGCGGCGGCGGGGCGAUGCCUGAGCUGGGCGGGUUUUAUGAGUCCAUGGCGAAGACUGCUGCGACCAGCAAGGGGGCGACGGGCAAGGCUGGUUUGCCGCCCGGGGAUGAGGGUGCGUCGUCGUCGUAUGACCCGCGAGAGGGUCUCACGGAUGAGCAGGUUCAGAUGUUUGAGAAAGGAAACCAGGAUAUGCUUCAGCAUUACAACAGCACGCUGGACAAAGUCAGGACGGCGGAGAAAUCGCUACUCGAGAUUGCAGAGCUGCAGACGUUACUGGUGGGCAACUUGGCGACGCAGUCUGCGCAUAUUGAGCAACUCGUGGCGGACUCGGAAAACAUUACGGCGGACGUGGGCGGUGGUAACAAGCAGCUGAAGAAGGCGACGCAGCGACCGAGCGCGGCGAGGUAUACUUUUUUCGCGUCGGCAGGGUUGUGUACGUUUUUGAUUCUUUGGGACUUGAUUAUCUAG